UAUGUGUAGGCGUGUGUCUACAUGUGUAUGCAGACUAUCUCAACAGACCACAGACCAGUGGGAACUGGUUCUUGGCCAACCAGUAAACUGCAACAUCCAUUCACCAACUGUGCAGCAACGAAAAAGAUAGUUCAGGUGCAAAUGUUGGCCAACAGAGGCCCAAGAGCACCCCAUAUGCCUGUUAACGACACCAAACAAUCCCCUUCCUGGGAUUUUAUUCUCCCCUUUUUUUGUCAUACCAUUUGUGCAUCACAUAUGGACACCACAAACCACAUCUUUUCAUAUCAGUAGAAUAAAUGUUAGGCAGCUUAAUUUAAAAUCAACAUUACGCAACAAAAAUUGCAUAUUGUUAAAGUUAAUUAAUUCAAAUAGCCUACACAGUUCUUGGUAAAACUACAGUUCAUCAAAUAGUUGUCAAAGCAGUGUAUUUAAAAGACACUCCUUAGUUUAAUCACUGCAGUCUUAAAUAUUUGUUCUGUUUUUUUAUAAUAAUUUUUUGUGCAAGCUUGCCUCUCAAUUACAGACUCGUUCAGCUUGCUCCCGUCUUUUGUAGACACGUUCUUGUUGUAAUAAGUAAGAAGCACAGCCUAUGAUAACGUCAAACAAGAGCUGUAUGCGCUCUCCUGAAGCUACGGACAAUGGGCAAUACCACACCUGCGUUUUUACUGUUUGCACAGUCUUACUGAAUAACACGAAAGAGAUUAGCUUAUAAUGAUUUAAUGAAAAGCUUUUGUGGGUCAGUUAUGUCUGCACUAGUAGUGUUCUGCCCACUGUUGUUUAGAAAUCUACUUAAAGACUCACAUCAAGCUGAACAUUUAAAGGAUGAAAGGUGCAGUCGUUACUCUAACUAUUCAGAUAAAAAGAAUUUAGACUAAAAACUAAAAGGAUGGAGAGUGCAAUCUUUCUGCUGAGUUUGCUGAUUUUUGGUAAGUAAAUUUUGGAAAUUUCAAUUUCGGAUUAAAAGAUUAAAGGAAGUCUUUCUAAACUUGCUGGAACAUGCGUCUUAUUUUAGGAUGUUCACAAGCUGAAAUCAAGUGCACAACUCGCAGAUGUCUGGCUCAAAUGUUAAUUAGAAAUCAAUAUUUAUCUUCACCUCAGUCUGAGAACUGCACCUUACUUGUUGAAGUUCCAUUAAUUGAGUACGAAACGCUGUCAGUCGACAUGAAGGAACUACAUCUAAUGAGUCGUCUGCAGGUUGCAAUUGCAUGGGUGGAUCCAGAGCUGGCGUGGAACACAUCAGUAUAUCCAUUUGAAAAACUCAUUUUGCCAGUAGAUAAAGUGUGGACCCCGCAUAUCUCUAUAGAAAAUGGACAAAGCUCCAUGGAGCAUGAUUCGCCUGAUCUCGUGGUGUACAGUAAUGGUACAGUGGGGCACAAUGUGGUCAUAAUUGCAGAAGUGAAUUGUGGAAUCAAUCUGUUCAACUAUCCUUUUGCUUUUGAUGUGUGCCCCGUUGGACUUAAAUCCACCGCACCAGAUGAAUGUGGGAUAAGCAUAAAAGUUGCUCAAGUGAAGUUGGCAGAGAGUUCCCAUGGAGACUGGGAAACGGAAGAAGUGAAGCUGGGAAAAAAGCGAGAGGAUCGCAAUUUUAUUGAUGUGUCUCUAAGGAUCAGAUACACCAACCCAUUCAUCACAUUACUCCUGCCCACUAUCUUGAUCAUGGUGGCUGAUAUAGUCAGCGGUGCUCUGCCACUGCAAGGUGGUGAGCGCAACUCGUUCAAGGUUACCUUGGUGCUCAGCUUCACCAUGUUUCUGAACAUUCUCACCACCGUGCUUCCUGGAGACAGCAAGUGCAGCCCAGUCAUCCGAAUCCAUUUCUGUGUUUGCCAAGUCCUGAUGGUGAUUAGCAUGUUGGUAUCCAUGUUCUUGACAAGGGUGUCUCAAGAUGGGCUGGCUUUUUUCACCUGCUUCAGUAAAAGGCCUGCUCCUCAAAAUGCAGAAGACAACAAAGAAAACGAGGAUGCAGAGAACAAAGGUGUCAUCAGUGUCGUUCAGGAAGGUCUUUCUGAGGACUCUAAAAUGCUCCGGAAGAUAGUCAGAUUCAUGGAGGCUGUUGACACCAAACAGACAGAAAGGGAAAGUCAUCAGAAACUUGCAGAUAAACUGGACAGAAUCUUUUUCUGGUUGUAUCUUAUCUGUAGCUCUGGAUAUGUUAUUGCCAUGACUUAUGUUAUGGUACAGUACACAUGUAACAUUGAUCAUUUUCGGUUUUGGAACUAA